UCUGUAUAUAAAACUGUGGGGUGCAACUCUCGCCGUUUGAGCUUUUGACAUUAAUGAUGCCGGAAAAUUGUCUAAAAAAAGUGUUAAGUCAGUUUUGGAUUUAAUAUUGUAUAGAAAAGAUUGUCUGCUAUUUGUAAAACCAUUUAAUAAGGGAAUCUGAAAACAAAAAUAUUACUCUGCAAUGAGGGCAAGUGAAUUAUAAUACAGAUAUUUUGCUAUUUGAAUGCCUUGCAUCAGAAGGCCUGUGUAUGAAAUGCAAUAUUUGAUUUAGUUGAUUCGCUCUUUGAAAUUGAUUUUGUGCAAUUGGCCUUCAGCGUAAUCUCAUUCGUAACGUUCUCAAGAUGAAUUCACUGUUAUCUUUGGAGGCAAUUUCAGGGUCAAGUCUAAAUUUUCUGACCGAAGAUAACAAGCAACAUGUCUGAAAUUUAUUUUUCUGACCUUUGUAGCUCCAGUGUCCUCUAAAAAUAAAGGUGACAUUUCUCUCUCUCUCUCUCUCUCUGUCUCUCUCUCUUGUUUCUACUCUCUCCUGGUCUUUGAGAGCCCUCAGUAGUUAAAGGGGCUAAAAAUAGCCUGGUUCCCUUCGUGUUGUGCAACCUAAUUAAGAGGAGAGGGACGGAGGUGCUUCCGAGCAUCUGGGCUCACGCCGCCUGAGAGGUGUUUGGAUAUCAGCGACUGAUGGAGGGACUUGAGAAAAGGGAGGAGCUGCACUGAUGCACCUCACGGUGAACUCAAGGAGGCUAGAAUGCUCUGGGCAUGAUCUGUCUAGAGCAUCCAGUGCCAAAGAACAAGAAGCCACCUUCACCAAGUCCAAAACCCAGAAUCUUUUCUGCACAGGAUCAGGAGAUAAGGGCUCAGAGAGGGUAGAGAAGGGGCAAAGAGGUGUUGGGCAGGGGGCUGCUGGUGCAUGUGAGGGCAGUGCACAUCCCUUGCUGGAGAGUGGAAGCCCACCUCGCCCAUGCCGUCCCCUGCCCAACCCAGUCUCACCACCCUCUGCAAUGGUGACAUGAGCACAUACCUUAUGGAGAAGCCCAAUUUCAACCCAUCUAUUUUGUCUCUUUGGAAAAAACAUACAAUAGACUUGUAAAUAGAGGACUGUGUCUAUCCUGAUUGGUGUGGUUGUAAGGUGAUGAUGCUGAUGUGUGGACGUGUGAGACGGCUCUUCCGUCAGCUCACGCUGCAGACCAGCCUGCUGCUGCUCUUCAUUUUCUGCAUGGUCAGUGUCCUCAUCUCAGCCUAUUUCUUGUAUGGCGUUAAACGAGAGCUCGAACCCGCAGGAGUUGGAGGUGUGGUGGUCCCAGAAGAAGGUACUGCUGAUUGGGAAGAUCCCCGGGCGACUCCUUCCCCUCCGUCAGCAAGGGUGCUGCCAGCCAGAACCGCCAAGCCAGCAGACAUGUCUCGAACUGACCCUGUGGUUCUGCUGUUCGUGGAGAGCUUGUAUUCCCAGUUGGGCCAGGACAUCGUGGCCAUCUUGGAAUCUGGGCGAUUUCGAUACCAGACCGAGAUCGCACCUGGGAAGGGCGAUAUGCCCACACUCACAGACAAGAACCGGGGUCGAUUUACACUUGUCAUCUACGAGAACAUUCUUAAGUAUGUCAACCUGGAUGCCUGGAAUAGAGAGUUGCUGGACAAGUACUGUGUGGAGUAUGGCGUUGGCAUCAUCGGCUUUUUCAAGGCUAAUGAGAACAGUUUGCAGAGCGCCCAGCUCAAGGGCUUUCCUCUCUUCCUCCACUCCAAUCUGGGUUUACGGGACUGUAGCGUCAAUCCCAAGUCUCCACUGCUGCUCAUCACCAAGGCCCGGGAGGUGGAGCACGGUCCCUUACCUGGGGACGACUGGACGGUCUUUCAGUCUAACCAUACCACCUAUGAGCCUGUGCUGUUAGCUCGGGGACGGAGUACAGAGGCCAGUGGAGCUCCUGGACCCCUUCAUGCGGCUGUGGUUCAGGAUUUGGGUCUUCAUGAUGGCAUCCAGCGGGUACUCUUUGGCAACAACCUGAACUUUUGGCUGCACAAACUGGUACUGGUGGACGCAGUGAGUUUCUUGACUGGCAAACGUCUCUCAUUGGCUCUUGAGCGCUACAUACUGGUGGAUAUCGAUGACAUCUUUGUUGGGAAGGAGGGCACAAGGAUGAAGGUGUCUGAUGUCAAGGCCCUACUGGAGACGCAGAACGAACUCCGAACCCACGUGCCCAAUUUCACCUUCAACUUGGGAUUCUCUGGAAAGUUCUUCCAUGCUGGCACAGAUGAGGAGGAUCUUGGAGAUGACCUGCUUCUGUCCUACAGUAAGGAGUUCUGGUGGUUCCCCCACAUGUGGAGUCACAUGCAGCCACAUCUCUUCCACAACCAGUCCGUGCUGGCUGAACAAAUGCUGCUCAACAGAAAGUUUGCAGAGGAGCAUGGCAUUCCCACAAACAUGGGUUAUGCGGUGGCUCCCCAUCACUCCGGAGUGUAUCCCAUCCAUUUGCAGCUGUACGAGGCCUGGAAGAAAGUGUGGGGCAUCAAAGUGACCAGUACAGAGGAGUAUCCCCAUCUCAAACCCGCACGCUUCCGCAGGGGCUUCAUACACAGUGGCAUCAGUGUGCUGCCCAGACAGACCUGUGGUCUCUUUACUCACACCAUCUUCUACAAUGAGUAUCCUGGAGGCUCUAAAGAGCUGGACAAACUCAUAAAUGGAGGAGAGCUUUUCCUAACUGUGCUUCUCAACCCAAUCAGCAUCUUCAUGACCCACCUGUCCAACUACGGGAAUGAUCGUCUCGGCCUGUACACCUUCAAGAACCUGGUGAAGUUCAUACAGAUGUGGACCAACCUGAAACUGCAGACACUCCCGCCUGUACAGCUGGCGCAGAGAUAUUUCCAAAUCUUCCCUGAGGAGAGGGACCCCAUCUGGCAGGACCCCUGUGAGGACAAAAGACAUAAAGACAUCUGGUCUAAAGAGAAGACCUGUGACCGUUUCCCCAAGCUGCUUAUCAUUGGACCUCAGAAGACCGGAACUACUGCUCUCUAUCUGUUCCUGGGCAUGCAUCCCGAUUUGACCAGUAACUACCCCAGUAAGGAGACCUUUGAAGAAAUCCAGUUCUUCAACAGUCGAAACUACCACAAAGGCAUUGACUGGUACAUGGAGUAUUUCCCUCUACCCUCCAACACUAGCUCAGAUUUCUACUUUGAGAAAAGUGCCAACUACUUCGACUCAGAGGUCGCGGCCCGGCGAGCAGCUGCUCUUCUGCCCAAAGCCAAAAUCAUCACCAUUCUUAUCAACCCGGCUGACAGAGCCUAUUCCUGGUAUCAGCACCAAAGGGCUCAUGAUGAUCCUGUGGCUCAGAAAUAUACAUUCCAUGAUGUCAUCACUGCUGGGCGGGAUGCGCCCAUCAAACUGAGGGUCCUGCAGAGCCGUUGUCUAGUGCCCGGACUUUACGCCACACACCUACAGCGCUGGCUCACACACUGUCACCCCAGUCAGAUCCUGGUCCUGGAUGGACAGAUGCUGAGGACAGAACCAGCUUCAGUGAUGGACAAAAUCCAGAAGUUUCUAGGCCUGACAAACACGCUCAACUACCACAAGAUUCUUGCGUUCGAUCCGAAGAAGGGUUUCUGGUGCCAGCUGCUAGAUGGAGGGAAGACCAAAUGCCUGGGGAAGAGUAAAGGGAGGAGAUAUCCUGAUAUGGACGUUGAUUCCCGGACCUUCCUGAGAGAAUAUUACCAUGAGCACAACAUAGAGCUCUCCAAGCUGCUGUACAAAAUGGGCCAGCCGCUGCCUAGCUGGCUUAGGGAGGAGUUGCUCCACAGCAGGUAACCUGAAGAGGGGGGUGGGGACACACUGGUCAAACUCGGACACCCCUCCUUCUGCUCUUGAGGGUACUCGCCCUCUCGUCCACCCCUGUAAGCCGCCGGCCACAGUGGUUGGUCAAGUCUCCUCCAGCGGCUUUGCGGACCUUCAGUUCGGAGAACUGAGCUUCUAGAGGACAAGACAGAGAGGAGGAGAAAGAUGCCCUUAGGUGUGCUAGUGGCUCUGUUCCGUUUUGGAGAACAGUGAUGUGCCCAGGACAUAGCCCUGGGGUACACCCGCUACAAUCCUUGGCUCGAACAUAGGAUCACAACGGGAGGCUUCCAAAAGACAUUCUAUUUGUCUGGUGUGUUGAAGUACCAGGAAGACAUAAUGUCAGAACAAAUGGACUUGCAAUAUGGGAGAGGAGGGCACAUAUUUCUUUUGAGCUGUAGGACAUACACAAGUCCGCAACAGAUAAAUAAGUGCCAGGGUGGUACCUUAAAGUCAGACUUUCUUUGUUUUCUUGGUUAAAUAUUCUUUUAACACUCAUUUCAUGUGUUGUGUUCCACAACACAAGGCUAUUCGCCUUGUAGUUUCAUACUUCUGUUUUAAACGGUUUUUAGUUCAUAGGAUAUUAAGCCCAUUCGUUACAGCUGCACCCUCCGGGCUUAAAAUGUGACAUUUAAAGGUGAAAUUUCAUUAUGAUGUAUUUAUGGCUAUUAGUUGCGAAUCCACAGGACAGCUUAAUAAUGCGUGAUAAAUUGUGGUACUAAAACACAGAUAAGCUACAUCCAUAAUCAAUGUGACUGUAAAUAUGAAACUGUAAAAAAGCUGGGUAUGUUUUUGGCCUGUUCUAUGUGCAGUAACUGCCUUAAUGCAACUUUAUCAAGCCAAUUACGGUUAAAUUCACUAAAGUAUACAAGCUGAUGUGUUUUGACAGGCCUCAAGGGGCUGAUCUUUUUAAUCUUAAUUCGAAUGAUAAAUGUUGAGAACUGAACCCAUGUGUUAUUUUGGCAAUGGCGUUAUAUCACAAAUCUCACUGGAGCGUUAAGUAAGGGUAUUGCAGUUUUAAUAGUGAUCCAUAAAACCUGUCCGCCAAUAAUCCUUUUAUCACCUUUUUUUAUCUUGUUUUAAUGAAUGUUUUACCCUUUUUCAGUUUUUAUGUGAUUUGUUUAGCAUAUCACAACAUCUAAUCACUUUUCAUUCAGGGUUGUCAUCAGAAUGUGUCCAGGAAUGUAUUGCCUCUGCCAAGAGACCAUUUUAAAAGGCUAUUUUAUAUGACUUGUGUUCUGUAGGAACUGUUGACUGCUACUGAACCGUAUGAAUUACACCCAUGAAUGUAAGCAAG